CAUCUUUGGGUGGGAACAAGUGAUUUGGCCUUUUGACCAGGUAUUUCUUUUACAUUUCUCUGUCGAUCGAUUUCCCAAAUGUAUUUGCUAUAAAUAUAAUCACCUGCUCCUUGAUUGCUCGCAUCCGUUACGUAAAUUCACCCGUGUGAGAUUCUUACUGGCACUUGCGAUCCAAGCGGUGACUUAAUCUCUUUAUCUAUAUUUUACUUUUCCAAACCAAGUCGAGUCGUCGAUCAUCGUUUUUUGUUGGCGUUGCGAUCGUACGGCCUUGGAUUGCUUCUGUUCAUGAUUAAUUGUACUAUUCUCAAUUCAGGUAUUUGGGCGUCUUAGAUUUUGUGAAUACUGAGAGAGAAUGAGUGAAGGUGGGAUGAUCCUUUAUUCGAGAAAAGUGAUAGAGUUGAGUUAUUUGGUAGUUUUCGAUUAGAAGAAGCAAUGAAUGUACAGGCUCAUAUAUCGGCAGGGCAAGUUCCUAAUCAAGGGGGACUGCCACAGCAAAACGGGAAUGCAUUGCCACCUAAUCAAAUGCAAAAUUCAGUAGAUGGCGGUGGUAGUGUAGUUGUUGCUGGGGUUUCUCAGCAGCAUAAUAUACUGAAUGUGGAUUCUGAGCUGCUCAGAGCUCGGGGUUGUAUGCGCGACAAGAUCUUUUCUAUUCUAAUGCAACGCCAGACACAACAAAUUGACGAAACAACAAGAAUGAAGUGCAAAGAUAUUUCAAAACGCUUAGAGGAGGGUCUAUUUAAAGCUGCUUUUACAAAGGAGGAUUAUAUGAAUUUAGACACAUUAGAGCCUCGUUUGAGUAUUCUGAUUCAGGGAAGAGGUGGCCAUAGCCAUAAUCAACGCCAUCAGCAGCUUGUAAAUUCUUCAUCUUCCAUUGGUACAAUGAUACCAACACCUGGGAUGUCACAUAGUGUGAAUUCAUCAAUGAUUGUUGCAUCCUCUGUUGAUACUUCAGUGAUUGCCUCCACUGGAAGUAAUACCAUCGCACCCUCAAAUGUCAACACGGGAAGUCUUAUGUCAGCUGGUGGCUUACAGAAUGGUUCCUUCAAUAGAUCUGAUGGGACGCUCUCUAAUGGAUAUCAACAAUCACCUGCCAAUUUUUCCAUUGGUUCCCAAAGGAUCACUAGUCAAAUGAUUCCUACACCUGGAUUUAACAGUAAUAAUAACAACAGCAGUAGUAGUAGCAGUAAUCUGCCUUAUAUGAAUGUGGAGUCUUCUAAUAAUGGUGGUGGGCCUUCAACUGUUGAAUCUACAACGGUACCACAGCUACCCCAGGAGCAGCAGCAUGUUGGUGGUCAAAACAGCUGCAUAUUUCACAACACUGGCAGUCAGAGGGGGUAGAUGAAGUUAAGGGUAAAUUGGGAAUUAAGUAAAAGUAUAAUAAGAGUAUCCUGCUUAUUGAGGAAUUAUCACUCCCUUCUUUAAUUUCAUAUUUUGUAGGUAAUAAGUGAUCAUGAUUAUUUCACUACGAGAAAGAUCUAGUAUAGAGUUUUCAUGAGGGACAUGAUUGUCAAUUUUACAAUUUAUAUGUGUGCACAGACAUAUAUAUACAUAUGCAUACAUGCAUGUAUAUGAUUAUAAUACAACUUGUGUUUCAAGAGUUAGGUUUUCUUGAGUAUAACAGUUUUAUAUGUAUGUGUAUGUUUAAUAAUUUUUCUAGAAAAUGUCGAUGCAUUCGGGCUUCAUGAGAAGUCGAUAAUUUUAUUA